AUGUCCAAGUCUUCAACAGCACCAAAAAUGUCAUCCCAAGAGGAAAUAUUGAGCGAUGGGCGAUUUAGCUGUGUUACAAGGGAUCCCAGAUUUUGGGAGAUGCCAGAAAAAGAACGUAAAGUUAAGAUUGACAAACGGUUCCGAGCGAUGUUUCAUGACAAGAAGUUUAAGCUGAAAUAUACAGUGGAUAAAAGAGGUCGCCCUGUUAACUAUACUACUACAGAGAACCUCAGGAAAUUUUAUACCCUGUCAGAAUCUGACUCUGAUCUUUCAGAAAAUGAUAGUAAAGAAUAUAUGGAAAAGAAGAAAAAGAAAAAAAAAGCUAAACAUAAAGGAGAAGCAGAUUCUGCAAAAUUUCUGUCUAGGAAGGAGAGCAAAAUAAACAAACAAGGGGUGGACCAAACAUGUGAAGUGGUGACCACAGCAACAGAAAUUGAUCUAUUUCGGGGAAACAAAGGUGUUUUACACAAAGGGGAAGACAAGCAAGGAGGUACUUCAGGAGGAAGAUCAAUGUCAACUCAAAGCAAUCAAAAGUCUUCACAACCGAGUGGUACUAAGUCAGUUAAAGCUCCCAGGAGGGAUGGUUCCCUAGGAGGAAAAAUAAAAGAAUCAGUUGUAAAAUAGGUGACUGGCUUGGAUUCAGAAGAAAUUUCUGCAAAUGAUGAUUUUGAGUGUGCAGAAUCAGAAGAAGAGGAGCCAGAAGAUGAUGGGGAAACAGGUGAGGAAGAGGAGCCAGAAGAUGAUGGGGAAACAGGUGAGGAAGAGGAGCCAGAAGAUGAUGGGGAAACAAGCGAAGACAACAGUGAUUCAGAAGAUGAUGAAGAAAGUGAUAGUGGGCCUGAUCUAGCUAGAGGCAUAGGGAACAUUGAAACGAGCUCAGAGGAUGACGAGGAUUUAAAUGAACUAUUUCCAAAGGAGCCGGAGAUAGAACAUUCAUGGCGCGAGCUAGAUAAAGAUGCCCCUCGUGGAGAUGAGAUUACAAGUAGAUUGGCAGUUUGUAAUAUGGAUUGGGAUAGGUUGAAGGCUAAAGAUUUGCUGGCUCUAUUUAAUUCUUUCAUGCCCAAAGGAGGAACAAUAUUUUCUGUUAAGAUAUAUCCUUCGAAAUUUGGGAAAGAGAGAUUGAAAGAGGAAGAACAAAAAGGACCCGUGGAACUAUUCGAUCUUCCAGAGAAUACCACAGAAAAAGACAGUCUUUACAGGGAAAAACUGCGGGAGUAUCAAUUUAAGAGACUGAAAUACUUCUAUGCAGUUGUAGAAUGUGAUUCUGCUGAAACAGCAAAUAAAAUUUAUGAGGAAUGUGAUGGACUGGAAUUUGAAAGUAGCUGUUCUUUCAUAGACCUGAGAUUUAUUCCAGAUAAUGUUACAUUUGAUGAUAAGCCCAAAGAUGUAGCCUCAGAAGUGAACAUAGCUGUGUAUAAGCCGAAGUACUUCACAUCUGCUGCUAUGGGAACUUCAAAGGUAGAUAUCACAUGGGAUGAGACAGAUCAUGAACGAGUAACGUCACUUAGCAGAACUUUUAAAAAAGACGAACUUCUUGACAUGGAUUUUCAAGCUUAUUUGGCUUCAUCUAGUGAAGAAGAGGAAGAACAGCAGCAAGAAGUGGAAGGUGGUGAUGUAGCUCAUGAAAUGGAAGAUGACAAACCCAGGAAAAGCCAAAAAGAUGAUGAAGAGCAAAUUGCUAAGUACAGAGAACUUUUGCAAAGUAUCCAAGAAAAAGAGAAAAAACAGGAAGAAAAGGAUAUAGGAAUGGAGAUUAAAUGGGUUCCAGGCCUCAAAGAAACUGCUGAAGAAAUGGUCAAAAACAGGUUGGAAGGAAAGGAUAACCUAACUCCGUGGCAAAAAUAUCUAGAGAAGAAGAAAGAAAAAAGAAUUCUUAAAAAAAAGAGAAAGGCUACUGCUGAGGGACAACAGAGUGAAGAUGAAUUUCCAUCUGGUGUUGAUCUCAACGACCCAUACUUUGCCGAAGAACUUGAGAAAACAGGUUUAAAGAAGCAGCCAGAAUCGGUUGAAAGUACCUCAGAAGAUGAAGAUGAAGUUGAAAAACACAAGGCUGAAAUGGCCCUACUUAUGAUGGAUGAUGAGGAUGACACCAGAAAACAUUUUAAUUAUAAGAAGAUUGUAGAACAACAGAAUUUGAGCAAGAAGAAAAAGAAACUUUUAAUGAAAAAGAAAGAAUUACUAGAAGAUGACUUCCAGGUAAAUGUUGCCGAUACAAGAUUCCAAGCCAUGUUUACUUCUCCCCUGUUUAAUUUGGAUCCUUCAGAUCCAAAUUUCAAGAAGACAAAAGCAGUAGAAAAGAUCUUAGAAGAGAAAGCUCGCCGAAGAGAAGAAAAGGAGCAAGAUCUUAAGGAGGCAAGCAAGGCGCAGGAGAACAAGAUGGCAAAGAAAGGAGAGGUUGCUAAGAAAGCCAUAGAUCCUGCCUUAUCAAUGCUAAUAAAAUCUGUCAAAAAUAAAACAGAAGAGUUUCAGGCAAGGAAAAAGCAGAAAUUCAAAUAACUGAGCUUU